CCUUCGAGUUGCCAAGUAGCGCUCUUGUUGUAUAAAAUGCCAACCCAGAUGCAGUUGAGCUGUGACUCUGUGACUGUGACUCUGCUGUUCCCUCUGCUCCACUCCUCAGUCCCAACUUAAAAAAACUCAACACAAAAAGCAUAUAAUGCUACUGAAAUAUCAGCAUCUCUCAGCUUAGUCUCGUCUCAUUAACUCCUAAUUCCUCUGCUUCUCUUCCAAUGGGAACUAACUCAGUUCCCAAGCAGCUCCGUUUCUGCUGCUGCUUCUUCUUCUUCUUCUUUUUGCUGGCUGUUUCAGAGGGCACAGUGACAUACGACAGGAAGGCCAUUCUCAUCAAUGGGCAGAGGAGACUUCUCAUGUCUGGCUCCAUUCACUACCCCAGAAGCACCCCUGAAAUGUGGGAAGAUCUCAUUCAGAAGGCUAAAGAUGGAGGCCUGGAUUGCAUUGACACUUAUGUCUUCUGGAAUGGACACGAGCCUUCUCCUGGCAAUUAUAAUUUUGAGGGAAGAUACGACUUGGUAAGGUUCAUUAAGACGAUUCAGAAAGCAGGUCUCUAUGUUCAUCUUCGCAUUGGACCUUACGUUUGUGCUGAAUGGAACUUUGGGGGAUUUCCAGUUUGGUUGAAGUAUGUUGAUGGCAUAAGCUUUAGAACCGACAACCAGCCUUUCAAGGCUGCUAUGCAAGGUUUCACAGAGAAGAUUGUUCAGAUGAUGAAGAAUGAGAAGCUGUUUGCUUCACAAGGCGGGCCAAUCAUCCUUUCUCAGAUUGAGAAUGAGUAUGGACCAGAUAUAAAGGCUUAUGGUGCAGCUGGUCAAGCUUACAUGAACUGGGCUGCUAAAAUGGCUGUUGGAUUAGACACUGGAGUUCCAUGGGUUAUGUGCAAGGAAGAUGAUGCUCCUGAUCCUGUGAUAAAUGCAUGUAAUGGCUUCUACUGUGAUGAUCUAACUCCCAACAAGCCUUACAAGCCUGCACUAUGGACUGAGGCUUGGACUGGCUGGUUUACUGAGUUUGGAGGUCCGAAUCACCAAAGACCAGUUGAAGAUCUGGCAUUUGGAGUUGCUCGGUUCAUCCAAAAGGGAGGCACAUUUAUUAACUACUACAUGUAUCAUGGAGGCACGAAUUUCGGGCGAUCUGCUGGUGGCCCGUUCAUCACAACAAGUUAUGACUAUGAUGCUCCAAUUGAUGAGUAUGGCCUGAUCAAGGAACCAAAAUACAGCCAUCUAAAAGAGCUUCACAAAGCUAUCAAACUGUGUGAAAUUGCAAUUUUGUCCUCUGAUCCAACAGUUACUUCGUUAGCAACUUAUCAACAGGCUCAUGUGUUCUCAGGCCAGGGGAAAUGUGCAGCCUUUCUUGCUAACUACCAUAUGAAGUCUCCUGCUAAGGUGACUUACAACGGUCUGCACUAUGACUUGCCUCCUUGGUCCAUCAGCAUCCUUCCUGAUUGCAGAAAUGUAGUCUUCAACACUGCCACGGUUGGAGUUAAGACACCAAAUGUGCAGAUGUUGCCAACCGGUACUAGAUUGAUGUCGUGGGAGACUUACGAGGAAGAUAUCAAUUCUGUUGAGGAUAGCUCGAGGAUGACGGCUCGUGGGCUCUUGGAGCAGAUCAAUGUCACUAGAGAUACUAGUGACUACCUGUGGUACAUGACCAGCGUCCACAUUGGACCAUCAGAAUCAUUUCUCCACGGUGGACCUAAGCCAAGUCUCAGUGUACAAUCUGCAGGCCAUGCUCUCCAUGUUUUUAUCAAUGGACAUUAUUCUGGAUCAGCCUUUGGGACUAGAGAAAACAGAAAGUUGACCUUCACAGGACCAGUCAACUUACACCAUGGAACAAACAGAAUUGCACUGCUCAGUGUAGCUGUCGGCUUACCGAAUGUUGGACCCCGAUUCGAGACGUGGAACACUGGAGUUGAAGGCCCCGUUAUGUUACACGGCCUGAACAAAGGCGAUCGAGACCUGACGUGGCACAAGUGGUCCUACCAGGUCGGCCUACGUGGCGAGUCGCUGAACUUGGUCUCGCCAACUGGAGUCUCCUCGGUGGACUGGCUUCAAGGCGCCCUAGCCUCGAAAGGACGAAGUCAGCAGCAGGCUCUGAAGUGGCACAAGGCUUACUUCAAUGCACCGGGAGGAAAUGAGCCACUAGCUCUCGACCUGCGAAGCAUGGGGAAAGGCCAGGCCUGGAUCAAUGGCCAGAGCAUUGGGAGGUACUGGAUGGCUUACGCGAAAGGCGAGUGCAAUGGUUGUAGCUAUGCUGGCACGUAUCGCCCCGUAAGGUGCCAGCUCGGAUGUGGGGAGCCAACUCAGCAGUGGUACCACGUCCCGAGGGCUUGGCUGAAGCCUAGAGGGAACUUGUUGGUUGUGUUCGAGGAGCUUGGUGGCGAUGCAUCGAAGAUCGCUCUCGUUAAGAGGACUCUGAACUAAAUAAAGGUGACUACACUAAAUUAAGGAACUGAUAACUACCGAGGAGGAGAUGGAGAUCCCAUAUCUUAAGAAGUGUAAUUAGGUAUUAUUUAUACACUUUGGCGGUCUACGUUGUAAGAAGAAGAAGAAGAAGAAGAAGAAUAAGGGGCAGAGGUUUACAGGGCAAUGGAGUUUCAUUCAGUUGCAGUGUUAUAAGGAAAUGUUUCAUUAGUUGUUCGAUAUCUUGAAGUGUGUUCUGUAUAGUGGCGGCUUUAAAUUGGCUGCAUUUCCUUGCGGUGUUCUAUGAAAGUGCCAUGGAAAAUGAGCAGUUGGGAUUCUAACUCCAAUAGUUACUGGAAACCAUCUGUGAGGUUCGAUCGGUCGAUCAACCUCAGACAUUGCAAAUGAAGUAUGAACUAUACAACCAAAACCGAAACUGGGAGAAAAUCGCAUACAUCUGCAUAUACGAAAAAUUGAGCAAGAAUCAUAGGCACUCCAUUUCUACCGUCUUGGUUUUGUAAUGAUGCCCACGUAAUUAUUGAGAAGGUGCCGGCUAGUGA